AUGUCAACUUCGGUGCCUGAUCGACGCCAUAUUCCUGCUAAAGGCUUGUUAUCUGUUCUUGUCACUCUGCAAUUGUUUGUGGCCGUAAUAUUAUUCCUGGAAAAUUCUCUCAAUCUCACAAAAAACGCUGAACACUUCGAAAGCAAGGAAACGAAAGUCGUUGUGUUCGUUGCAUGGCUGGUGGUUUUAAUCUGGUUGCUCACCAUCUUAUUAUCACUCAUUGCCCUCUCCUCUAACUCCUGCAAUCUGCUGCUUCCACAUCUGGUUUGGACGGCCGCUCUUUGUGUCGUAUGUGUGUGUUGCUCCGUAACGCUCCUUCUGUCUGACACUCGUCCAUGGACGAUGAUAUUCUCUACAGGAAUCUCAAUCCUCUUAGGAGUUUCCAUAGUGUUUGAAACGAAGUGCUUUAUUGCUAUGCGAAAAUGUCUGCAUUAG